AUGACCAACAUCCAACGCGGUCGCAAGCCUCCUUCCCGUGAAUCGCGGAUCGCAGCAGCCCAGUCACAGACCUCUGUCUUUCUGACUCUCACCUCGACUGUUCUGGCUCUGCGCGGUGACCACGUCACUCAGCAGCCCUUUCGCGACGCGUCUUCUGGGUCUGUCCUGUGCUGGAACGGCGAAGCCUGGAAGAUUGCAGGGGGACCCGUCCAAGGGAACGACGGAGAGGCAAUCUUUGCUUUGCUCACCGCGGCCAGUAGCCGCAGCGCUGAAGAAGAUGCGGUCUUGAAUGUACUGCGCAGAAUUGAGGGCCCUUUCGCGUUUGUCUACUUUGACGCGACUUCUUCCCGUCUAUUCUAUGGUCGCGAUCGACUUGGUCGACGAUCGUUGCUGCUCAAUGGAGAGGGUGGAAUCAGAUUAUCUAGCAUUGCUGAGAACACAUCAUCUUCGUGGGCAGAGGUGGAAGCAGAUGGCAUCUACGUCGUAGACUUGGUAGCCUGGCACAGUGACUCACUGAAGUCAAGCUCACCUCGCUCUUGGACGCCAGGCGAGACUGAGACGGUCCUCAACAUUGGAGUCUUCAGUAUGACACUCCCGCCAUCUGAUGUUCAGCCGCUGUCAGCAGUGUCACCGUCAGUGCAGGCAGUCAAACAGCAGAUGACCGAGUCGCUCAGAUUGCGCGUUUUAAACGUUCCUGAACCCCCAGCCCACGAUGCUGGCAACGACACGCGAGUAGCUGUCUUGUUCUCUGGCGGCUUGGACUGUACAAUCCUCGCGCGGAUGGCUAGCGACUUGGUUCCAUCUGAUCAAGGCAUCGACCUGAUCAACGUGGCUUUCGAGAACCCUCGCUUAGCAGCGAAGGCUGACAACUCCCCUGGUGCGCCAAGUCUCUAUGAGGCUUGUCCAGACAGAAUCACGGGAAGGAAGUCCUUUGCCGAGCUGACUACUGUCUGCCCAGCUAGAAAUUGGAGAUUCAUCGCCGUAGGUUCCUUUAGCUUGAUACAGCUAUCUGCCCUUACUGACCCUUGGCAGGUUGACGUUCCUUACCAGGAAGUACUCGAGCACCGGAGCCAAGUGAUCUCUUUGAUGUAUCCCCAUAACACCGAGAUGGAUCUCUCCAUCGCCUACGCCCUCUACUUUGCCGCCCGCGGCAUCGGCAUGUCACAAAGUAGCCCGUCAGACCCAGCCGUCAAAUAUACCACGCCAGCGCGAGUGCUUCUCUCUGGCCUCGGGGCCGACGAACUCUUUGGCGGCUAUGUACGGCAUACCACUGCAUUUUCAAGGAGGGGCUACCCGGGCCUGCUCGAGGAACUCAAGCUAGAUGUUAGCCGGCUGGGCAAGCGCAACUUGGGACGCGACGAUAGAGCCAUGUCUCACUGGAGCCGGGAAGUACGAUUCCCGUUCCUUGAUGAACAGUUUGUGAAGUGGGCCAUCGAGUGUCCGGUCUGGGAGAAGUGUGACUUUGGCUAUCCCGAAGGCGACUCGGGGGUCGAUCCUGAGAAGCGAGUGCUGAGGCUUCUUGCGAGGGAUCUUGGCAUGGGCGCAGUUGCCCAAGAGAAGAAGAGAGCGAUUCAAUUCGGCUCGAGGACCGCAAAGAUGGAGAGUGGAAAGACAAAGGGAACAACACUCAUUGCUCCAUGA